CGGGCGCACUGGGCCGGUCUUUCUCCGGGUGCCAUUGGAGCAACCACUUGGGCGUCUCUCGUUUCUGGUCAAGGGCGUACGAGGUGCGCUCGCGGUGGACCUCUCUCCUGGGACGGCGAUCCGCACCUGUAGGCACUCGCAGAAGCAUCCGCAACUUCUUCGCCUCUUCUUCUUCCUCCUAUUCAGCCUUUCAAUCGCUCGCUCUUUCCCCAGUUCACUAACUACUCCGGCACAAUCUUGGGAUCCUCUUGCAUUUUAUCUAGUCUCCUCGAGGUCUCUGGAAGUAAAAAUACAAUUGUUUGUUGCUCGGCAAAGAAAAUGGGGAUAUCAAAGGUUAUGGGAUGUCUGUCAACAAUUCUCUUUUCGGCUUUUAUUUGCCUCAAGAAAUACGGCAGAACUUACACCGCAGCACCCCUUCUACUGGGUGCUUUGGUUGGGUACACAGUCUCCAUUGCAUCUCAUCCGGCUAUAAAUUUGCCAUUCAUUCUAGGAAAGAGCUCUCAUGGGAGCUUCCCUCUUUGGUCAAAGUUUCUUUUUGCCCCAUAUCUAUUGACGGUUCGGGCAUAUGUUGUUUUCAAGAGAACAAAGAGAAGAGAGUCAUUGUAUGAUGAAAUUUCUGAGGAACUAUAUCUCGGAGGGUGGCCUACUUCAUUGAGUCGUUUGCCUCCCGGUGACCCUGCAGUGAUUGAUUGCACAUGUGAAUUACCGAGGAGCUACUUUGUUCCUGCAGAAUCUUAUCUUUGCAUCCCUUUAUGGGACUCCAGAUCCCCCGAUCCUACACAAAUAGAACAUGCUGUCCGUUGGGCUUGCCAAAAGAGGUCUGAAAAGAAACCAGUUUACAUUCAUUGUGCAAAUGGCCAUGGCAGGAGUGUUUGUGUUAUGUGCGCGCUCCUGGUUGAGUUAGGACUGACUGAAAGCUGGAAAGAUGCCGAGAAGAUGAUAAGCCAGAAGCGUCCUUUGAUCAGGAUGAAUGCUCAGCACAGGAAAAGGUUAGAAGAGUGGUCCAAACGCCGCAUUGGAUCAACGGCUAAAUGAAUGGGUGUCAUGAAUUGCGACUAACAAGUUGAGAAAACACAGCAUCAGGCCAAGUCAAGAAAACAUAUUGCGAUCGAGAGUUAAGGUGCCUGAGCAUUUCCCUCCCCCAAAAUUCUUUGAUAUUGUUUAAAUGAUCUUUGAUUUAUUUGUUAACGAUAGAGUAUAAUAUAGUCAAAUUUAAGAGAGUUUUUUAAUCAUUUGAGAUUGUCAGAGGAAUUUCAGUCCCACAUGAGAACUAAGAGGUUUAAAUAUAUUCCACUCUGCGAGCUCACUUUUAUCGUA